AUGGCGGGACGGGGCGGCAGCGGGCUGCGAGACACCGGGACCGACGCUUCCCCGUACGCCCCGCCCCGCUCACCGCCGCCGCUCCGGAGCCGCCAAGGGGUGCCAGUGAGCUUUGAGGACAUCGCGGUGCGCUUCAGCCGGGAGGAGUGGGAGAUCCUGGACGAGGAGCAGAAGGAGCUCUACAGGACCGUGAUGGAGGACAACUACGAGACGCUGGUGUCCCUGUACUGUGACCUCUCCAAGCCUGGGCUCUUAUCUCGGAUAGGAGGAGGAGAAGAGCUGUGCCCACCAGCAGAGUCCCACCUGAAAGGAGCAGAUCUAUCUCCAGAACCCACCAAAGAGCCCCUAAGCGGUGAUGGUCUGCUGGAGAUGAAGGCGAAGGAGUCUCCUGAGGGGAACUGUAGGGACCUGGAGGACAGCAGGAGCCUGGUGGUCACAUCAACCUGCAGUGCACAUGUCCCUCAUGAAGCCACCUCUGUGCCAGCUGAUCUCAGCCAGCCCACCCCGGCCCCUUCCUGCCCUCUCUCCGCCGCCUCUCGUGAAGGGGUGAAUCUGAACCAGUCUCCAUCGCCUCCCCCCGCAGCAGAUGCCGAGGUGGGGAUCCCCACGGAGGUGCUGCAGGAGGAGCCGGCGGUGCCCAAAACACCCUUGAAACGUCUGGAAGAGCAGGACACGGAGGAUUCGGGGAACGGUGGGCAGGGUCCGGCGGCAGACGUUCCCAAAAAGCUGGGAAAGGCGGCCGUCCCAGACGCACGUGGAGAGAUGGCACAGGCGGAUCCCGGUUGCUCCGUCACCGAACCGGAAGAGCCCACCAAGGGCUCCUUCGCCAGCCGGACUGGGGUGCCAGUGAGCUUUGAGGACAUCGCGGUGCGCUUCAGCCGGGAGGAGUGGGAGAUCCUGGACGAGGAGCAGAAGGAGCUCUACAGGACCGUGAUGGAGGACAACUACGAGACGCUGGUGUCCCUGUACUGUGACCUCUCCAAGCCUGGGCUCUUAUCUCGGAUAGGAGGAGGAGAAGAGCUGUGCCCACCAGCAGAGUCCCACCUGAAAGGAGCAGAUCUAUCUCCAGAACCCACCAAAGAGCCCCUAAGCGGUGAUGGUCUGCUGGAGAUGAAGGCGAAGGAGUCUCCUGAGGGGAACUGUAGGGACCUGGAGGACAGCAGGAGCCUGGUGGUCACAUCAACCUGCAGUGCACAUGUCCCUCAUGAAGCCACCUCUGUGCCAGCUGAUCUCAGCCAGCCCACCCCGGCCCCUUCCUGCCCUCUCUCCGCCGCCUCUCGUGAAGGGGUGAAUCUGAACCAGUCUCCAUCGCCUCCCCCCGCAGCAGAUGCCGAGGUGGGGAUCCCCACGGAGGUGCUGCAGGAGGAGCCGGCGGUGCCCAAAACACCCUUGAAACGUCUGGAAGAGCAGGACACGGAGGAUUCGGGGAACGGUGGGCAGGGUCCGGCGGCAGACGUUCCCAAAAAGCUGGGAAAGGCGGCCGUCCCAGACGCACGUGGAGAGAUGGCACAGGCGGAUCCCGGUUGCUCCGUCACCGAACCGGAAGAGCCCACCAAGGGCUCCUUCGCCAGCCGGACUGUGGUCUCCCAGCGAAAUUCCAGCCGGGAGAAGUUCCACUCCUGCCCCGUCUGCCAGAAAACCUUCCUGCUGCAGAUCAACCUGGUGAUCCACCAGCGGAGCCACAGGAACUGGGAGCCUUACGUCUGCACCUACUGCAACCACACCUUCGUGUCCAAGAAAAAAAUCCGGCGGCACCUGCGGGCGCGGGCGGUCACAGGUUUCUGCCAACCCCUGGAGGUGGAGGUGUGCUCCAAACAGGUGCCGUGCCCUGACCCCCAGCCCCGAGACCCCAGCAGGGACUGUGGCACGGUGUGGAGCAAGCCCAGCCCCAAAAGAUACCCGCUGUCACCUGGGAACGUCACCUACACCUGCAAGGAAUGCCUGGAGAACUUCUCCAGCGAGAGUUUCCUCAUCCUCCACCAGCACCACCACACCAACCACCACAUGAUCUGCUGUCCCUGCUGCAGCAGGACCUUCACCUGGGGCUCAGAAUUUCUCCACCACCACCUCGCCCACGCCGGCGAGCGACCAGAGCCCGAGUGGGGGCCCGAGGCCUGGCAGCCGGUGCCGCCGCAGCCCCUCGGUCCCCUCCCGGGCCAAGGGGAGAAGGCGGCGGCGGCGGUGCCCGAGAUCUCGCUGUGGACGGUGGUGGCGGCGGUGCAGGCGGUGGAGAGGAAGGUGGAAUCGCAGGCCCGGCGGCUGCUCAGCCUGGAAGGGAGAGCCGAGACGGCGGAGAAGAAAGUCUCCGGGCUGGAGAAAGCCGUCCUGGAUUUUGGCAACCGGUUGGAACGGAAAUGGGCCGCCUUGGCCGCCCUGGUGCAGGAGAACACGCGGCGGCUGGAGCACGUCGAGAGGCAGCUCCAGCACCGGGGGCGGUGGGCGGCCGGGAACGGACCCGGCACCGGGGGGGACGAGGCCAAGGUGCCAGCGCCGUGCGAGGACGAGGCGGCCAAUUUGCCGGAGCCGGAGUGGGGCGGCUCGGAGAACCGGCAGAAGGAGCUCUACAGGACGGUGACGAAGGGGACUUGCGAGGCUGCCGUGUCCCUCGGGCCCGGAGAAGCUGGUUCCAAACCCUUUCUGCUGCCGCCGCCUGAGGAUGGGGAGGAUUCGGGUGCGAGGAACCAGGAGCUGCUGGAGAAGGGAGGUGAGAAGAUCGUGAUCAAGACCGAAGAGCAGCAGCCGCAGGAGGAAGGAGCUGAGAUCCUGGCCCUGCCGCCGGUGAGGCUGGAGGAGGAGGAGGUUCCCCCCAGCCAGGAGCAGCCCCUGCCCUGGCAGAGCCACGGCGCUUUGGAGGAGGAGAAGGCGGCAGGAGAGGCCGUAGGGGACUUCUGCCCCCACGGGGCUGCCCAGCCCGAAUUCAAGCCCGUGGUGGUGCCGGUGGAAGCCCACCCUGCCCCAGGUUUGCCUUUCCCGGCGGAGCACGUGCUCGGCGUGGGGACGGACCAGCCCUUCGCCCUGCCCCAGGGAAUGCCGCUGGGAGAAGACACCACCUUGGAGAUGGCCUCCUCCUCCGAGCUCCAUCCCUGCUCCGCCGGGGAAGACCCUCACGGCCUCCCCUCGGGCUGGAAGAGCGUCCGGCUGAAACGCAACCUCCUGAGCCACCAGGCGAGGAAGAGCAACGGCUCCUUCAUCUGCCCGGCCUGCGGGAAGAGCCUGGCCCACCACGCGGCCCUGCUGCGGCACCAGCGUCUCCACACCGGCGAGAGGCCCUUCCAGUGCCCGGCCUGCGGCAAGAGCUUCAACGAGAAGUCCAACCUCAACAAACACUACCGCAUCCACACCGGCGAGCGGCCCUACCGCUGCCCGGCCUGCGGCAAGGGCUUCAUCCAGAAGCACCACCUCCAGAAGCACCAGCGCAUCCACGGGGGGCAGCUGAGGGGCGGGUGGCCAAACCGGCCGGCCCGGGCCAGCGCCGCUGGGGAACGGCUCUACCGCUGCAUCGAGUGCGCCGAGAGCUUCCCCCAAAAAUCCUCGCUGGAGGAGCACCAGCGCCGGCACACCCAGCAGCGGCCCUUCCAGUGCAACGGCUGCACCAAGAGUUUCCGCCACCGCCAGUCCCUGAAGCACCACCAAAAAAUCCACGCCGUGGCCAGCUCGCCUGGUGUCAGCUUGCCCGCCGUCCCCGAGCAGGAGAACAGCCCCUGCAAAGCCUUCACCCAGGACAAUCCGUAGCCCGAGGGCUGGAGAAGGGAAGGGGCUGGUGGCACCACCACGGGGUUGGUGGCACCCUGUGUGGGGCUGGUGGCACCGCCACAGGGCUGGUGGCACCACUGUUGGGCUUGUGGUACCACCAUGGGGCUGGUGGCACCGCCACGGGGCUGGUGGCAACCCCAUGGGGCAUCACCAUGGGACUGCUGGCACCGCCAUGGGGCUGGUGGCAACCCCAUGGGGCUCAUGGCAUCACCAUGGGGCUGGUGGCACCACCGUGGGGCUCCCCACUGGAGGAGGAGGAGGAUGGAGACAGGCUGAUGGGCAGGGAAAUGCACCGGGAGGUAAAAGACUGGCCCAAGAGGCAAUGGAGAAGGUUUGACAACCAGGGCUGAGCCGGGUUGUGCCGCUGCCCCAUGGAAGGGGGAUCUGGCCCCAGAGCGGCUGCAUCGGGCCCGGUGGAGCCGUCAAACUCAGGGUUAUUUAAACAACUACCAGCGUGGGGGGGCCGUGGGGUGGCCCAGGAAGGGGCUGUUGUGGCCGGGCGGCGGCCAGUGUCAUCGUGUUGUCCCCCCGAAGCUUCAAUGGGGACAAGCUGGGAAGAGAUUCGGAUAAAAGCCUGGGGCUGA